GAGCAAUCUAAAGGGGGCGGAAAUGACGUUUUGCAAGAGUUACCGGGAUUUUCAGGGUAAAUAGAGACUUCAUGGGAGGGGAACCAGCGUUUGAAUAGAGCCUCUUGCAUCGUCAUGUCUUCAGAAAACACAUUGGAUGACGAGGAUACAUUCAAGAUCCUGAUUUCCACUGAUAUUCACCUCGGUUACCUUGAGAAAGACGCGAUUCGCGGCAGCGACUCCUUCAACACGCUGAAAGAAAUCCUGGAAUGUGCCAAGGAGAAUCAGGUGGAUCUCAUCCUGCUGGGCGGGGAUUUGUUUCACGAGAACAAGCCGUCAAGACGAUGCCUCCACAGCUGCAUCACUAUGAUGAGGAAAUACUGCAUGGGAGACUCGCCUGUGACCUUCAACAUCCUCAGUGACCAGACUAUUAACUUCAACACAACACAGUUCCCCUGGGUGAACUACCAGGAUGAAAACCUGAACAUUUCUAUCCCUGUCUUCAGUAUUCAUGGCAACCACGAUGAUCCAACUGGGGCGGAAGGUUUGUGUGCUCUGGACCUGCUGAGUGCCUCUGGUCUCGUCAAUCACUUUGGUCACUCUCACUCUGUGGAGAGGAUAGAGAUUAGUCCAAUCCUCUUGCAGAAAGGCAGCACCAAGCUGGCCCUGUAUGGUCUUGGUUCGAUCCCGGAUGAGCGCCUGCACAGGAUGUUUGUCAACAAGCAGGUUACCAUGCUUCGACCCAAAGAGGAUCGAGAUAAUUGGUUUAACCUCUUUGCAAUUCACCAGAACAGGAGUAAACAUGGUCCCACAAACUACAUUCCCGAGCAGUUCCUGGAUGAUUUCAUUGACCUGGUUGUGUGGGGCCAUGAACACGAGUGUUUGAUUACUCCAACGAGAAAUGAGCAGCAGCUUUUCUAUGUGACGCAGCCAGGAAGCUCUGUAGCCACCUCCCUGUCGCCUGGAGAGGCCGCCAAGAAGCAUAUAGGACUGCUUAGAGUCAAAGGUCGUAAAAUGUGCCUGCAGAAGAUCCCUUUAAAGACAGUCCGUCAGUUCUUCAUCCAGGAUGUUGUGCUGGCUGACUACGAGGACCUCUUCACACCUGAUACUCCUCAGGUUACAAAGAAGGUGGAGAACCUGUGCUAUGCAAAGGUGUCUGAAAUGUUAGAAGAAGCCGAGAGGGAAAGACUCGGCUGUCCACUCACACCGGAGAAACCUUUAAUCCGACUGAGGGUGGACUACAGUGGAGGUUUUGAAACGUUCAACACCUCUCGCUUCAGUCAGAAGUUUGUGGACCGUGUGGCUAACCCAAAAGAUAUAAUCCACUUCCUCAGAAAGCGUGAGCAGAAGGAGGGCGUCAAAGAUGAGUUCAAUGUCGACUACAACAAGCUAGUAAAACCAGCUGCCGUUGAGGGACUGAGAGUGGAGGACCUGGUUAAGCAGUACUUUGAAGCGGCUGAGCAGAAGGUGCAGCUGUCCCUGCUGACCGAGCAGGGCAUGGGGAAAGCCAUUCAGGAGUUCGUGGACAAAGACGAGAAGGACGCCAUCGAGGAGCUGAUCACCUACCAGUUGGAGAAGACGCAGCGGCAUCUUCAGAGCAGAGGAGUAACCACAGAGCAAGAUAUUGAUGCCGAGAUUCAGAAAUUCAGAGACUCCAAGAAGAAUACGACUGAAGAAGAGGACGACAUCAAGGAAGCCAUUAACAGAGCCAGAGCCCACCGGAUGGAGCGAGGGGAUCUCGAUUUGUCUGACGAGCCCGCAGACGUUACCAUGGACUCCGACGAGGAUUCAGGGAUGCUUCCUGCGCCGACCCGAGGCAGAGGACGAGGAGGCGGCAGAGGGCGAGGAAGUCGGGGCGGGGCUAAGGGUGGAGGUUCUGCUGCAUCAGAAGCAAAGCCAGCCGGUCGGGGUCGGGGUCGGGGUCGUUCCCAGAGAUCAGCACCAGCAUCUCAAACCAGAAACAUAUUUCAGGCUUUUCAGGCUACAUCCCAAAGAUCUCAAAUAGGAGAAUCAACUUCUUCUGCAGCCGAAGAGGUGAUCAUAGAUGACUCAGAUGAAGAUAUACCCGUAAUGAAAGCUACCAGGCCGACUCCAAGAUCUUCAUCGUUGUCAUCAUCGUCCUUCCCCAGGUACAGUUCUCAGAGCCAGAGUCAGACAUCUCGAGGAGUUGCUUUUGAAGACAGUGACGAGGAGGACAACCCAUUCAAAGGCCACAGUCGUGGUUCAAGAAGAUAAGCACGUCCAUCAGUUGUGUUUAAUUCAAAGAAUUACUGUAUGUGCCCCUGCAAUGUUCCUCUGCCUUCUUAAAUGAUGACAAUUUAAUUUUACAACCAAAACUGCAUGGGGUAAAAAUGAUGGAGUGCAUCGGUUUCUGUUAUUGUGGGGUUUGAAGAGUUUGAGCAGAGGAGUUUAGAAAAUGUCAAGUUUGCACCUUCUUGUUUUCUUUCCAUUUCCUGGAAGGUUCCUGCUGUUGUGAAUCUUUUUUUUUUAUUCACUGCCCUUUCUAAAUAUGGAAAAAUAAAGUUGUCAUAUAAAAUUACAAACAUCUGUCCAGGAUAUUUCAAAUCCCUGCCAAGGUUUUCAUUCCUGAUUUGCAGUUUAUUAUAGUUGACUAGAUAUCCUAAGAAUCAGUUUGAUGCCAGAACUAAAGUCAGUUGAAACUUGAAAUAUUUUCAAAUGUUUAGAAACUUAUUCAUUUUACUAGUAAUUAUAAUUUUGUUAAAAUAUUUAUCCCAGUUUAUGAAAAACACCUCACUAACAGGAAUAAACUAAUGUUGAAUGG